ACACACACGCUCGCGCUUCGGUGAGUGCUUGCGGUCAGCGCUCUCCUUCGUUAACCCCGGCGAUUCUGGAUAUCGAGCGCUUUGUGUUUGUUUUGUUUUUUUUCUUUUUUCCAUUUCUUUUUUUUAAACCAUUUAGUCUGGUUCGUUGUGAACAGAACCACUUAGGGUCAGAAUGUGAUUCGUUUUGGUCUCGCGCUCUGUCGAUCUCGCACGCGCGAAGAACGGUCGCUGUUCUUCACAACUGCGAGUCUCGCAGUGUUUUCUUGUGGAAAAAGUCUACAGCUCAUCAAUCCUCUUAUUUAUCUUCCUAAACAUUUUUUAUAUAUAUGACUGUUAAGAGCUUAAACAUCAAGUAGAGUGGAGAAGAAGACUAGACAAACUUGUCAUCGGUGUGAAAAUAUCGCUUCAUGAUGGGAAUCAGCGGCGUUUUACCGGCCAAGAGACAUGCAGCUGUUUGUGUUAUACUGGCGACUCUCUCUGCAGUAGCUAUGGCAUGCAACAGCUAUUAUGAGGAUGCUAUCAAGGAGUUAUGUCUGGCUAAGUUCAAGGAGGACAUGGAAGCUGUGGACCAGGGCCACUGGUGCAGCUGGGAGGAUACAGUAGAAUCCUAUGGAGAGCUGACAAACUGCACUUUUCUGGUGGCCUUGAAGAUGAACUGUUUCUGGCCCAACAGGCUUGUGGACGAGUUCUUCAUCAGUGUGCACAGGCACUACUUCCACAACUGUUCGCCCACAGGCCGCCUGCCUCACGAUCCACCCAACAGGAUUUUAGGGCCCUUCAUCAUAGUGCCCAUUGUGGUCACUCUGCUCAUGACGGCCUUGGUGGUGUGGAGGAGUAAACGCAAUGAAGGCAUCGUGUAACACAAAUUAGUGACCAGCUAAAGCACUGAGGCUCACGUUACUAAACCCCAGAGAACACAUACUAUGCUGCUGAAACUGAGAGAUAUUCAACUAUUGACUCGUAGCUUAUCAAAGAACAGAGCAGCCUGCUGCCUAUACACACACACACACACACACACACACUCUUUACAAUAUUCAAUAUACAGACCAACCCUCAUUUCAUAGACAUCCAUCAUAUUUUUCCAAGGUCCAGGCUGGUAAUUUGAAGCAUUUUCAUCACAGCACCUCAACAGUCAGACAGCUGAAAGUGCAAGAGGAACGGAGACUGGCUGAAUAAAUCUAAUUUAUGAACAGAUCAAACCACAGAAGUAGAUCACAGUUCUUAUCAUUAUCUGUGAACACUGGACUCCACAGCUCUCUCUUUUUAAUUUUUUUCCUCCCGGCUUUGAGCAUUCUGCUGUGCAUCGUGUCAAAUCCUGAUAAUAUUUAGUAUAGUUGAUAUGCUGAUUGGCUUGAUUUUCCAAAUGGAAGAAACCACAUGAUUAUUAUCAUAUUGUUUAAAUGGCAGUGACUUUUUAAUUUUAUUGACGAAUAAACAUUAAAAUCUUAAAAUGCCUGGGGUUUAAUUACACAAAGCAAUCUGUAAAGCUUAACUUGAUUUGUGAUGAUUAGAGAGUUUUAUUCUGUAUCUAUAUUCAAAUCUGAUUGCUUUCCUUUUAAUGAGUCCUGAACCAAACAUUUGGAUGAGUAAUGACGCUCAGUGUGGCUGGAAGGUUGUGAACUUAAAUUCCAGGACUUCUAGUAAAGCCCAGUCUAACCCCUGAACAAGCUGCCUUGCUUGUGUUCUGCUCCAUUUUAUAUCACUUUGGAUAUGAAAGUGUACAGUAGCCGGUUUAUCAGUCUGUAAAUAUUGUUGCAAUUAUUAGCAUUCUUGUAAAGCUAAGCCAUUUCUGUUGUUUCUGUUUCUGCCAUUAAUCUUCACUGCACUUCAGAAGCACCUGAGAACAACAGCUCCAACAGUCCUGACACCUUUUUCCCUUUAUGCAGAGUGUUAUGUGAUCUCUCUCUCCUCUGAUUGGCCGUGGCUCUAUCACACCAGAUUUAUUUCAUACCUUAAUUUAUUAUCUCACAGCUCUGGGGUCCCGGGUUUUAUCCUAAACUUGGAUUACCGUGUAUAAGGAGUUUUGUAUGUUGAUAUUUAUUUGAAAACAAUAGAGGCGAUGGAAAAAAUUGAUGUCUGUAAAUAUGAUAUUGUUGAUCAUUUUUCUGUGUUUUAUUCCUUUUCUACCACAGCAAUUUUCCAUCACCAACAAUUUUAUAUUUAUUACAGAAGGACAGUUUAUUAAUACAUCUUGCUGUAACGUCGCUGGUACCUUCUCAGGAAAAUCCACAAAUCUUUAUAGCUCCUCAGUCCUGUGCAGGCAGUCAGCACUGAUGAGAGGCACCUACACAGACCGCUUAUUUCAACCCGAGGAUUCUGGCAGUCUGGUGUAAGGAUUUCUGGUGUAUGGAUGAAGUCUGUGCUAUGUAUCAAGGUGCUGAUUUCCCCAAGAGGUGAUUUCCCAUAUUUCUCUUGUCCCAUCUCAUUUCCCCAGCGUAGAAUUUAGACAAGUUUUAUUGAGGUCCAGGCCUAGAGUUAGGUGUCUUCUCCUCUAUUUUCUAAAAACUGUUUUGCCCCGAUUUAGCAAGUGACGUUCACUGCAUGUAUUUCUGGCUGGUGAGUCACUUUAUUGCGAACAGUGUGUUGGGUUUGCAUGGCUUCUCCGUUUUGUGUCCCGUUCUCAUCAUUACUAUCGAGGUGUUUGUCCCAUCCAGAUUAUUCAUCCAGCUUCCUGUCUAAUAGUUUUCCACCUUUUUAACUGAUUAGAUAACAGCCCAGCUCAGUUCUCUUUUCCACUCUGCACCCAGCACAUCUGCAAAGCAAAUUAGUUUCUGUUCACUCCCCUUUGCAACCUCUUUUUUGUUAAUCUCUUGAAAUGACCACAAAGAGUGAAGCUCUCCCUCUUGAAGACUUGGAAACAGACUGUUCCAGAGCAUCGAAGGUGGAGGUUCAUAAAUGUUCUGCUUGUGUGUUUCUUCUGGGUUCUGUGUUUUCCUACCUCCUAUAAACAGUAUGUUUACUGGUUUGACUGAAUAUGUGCGUGUGCGUGUGCGUGUGGUGUCCUUCAGUGGACCGGAACACAUCUCAUGCACAGUGUUUUGGGCAUUGGCUCCAGCUGAUUGAUAGCUGAAUGAAUGCAUGAAUCAUUUAGGAUAAAGUGGUUACUGUAUCUGAUUGGAUGGAUGGAUGGACAAAUCAUUUAGGAUAAAGUGGUUACUGUAUCUGAUUGAUUGAUUGAAUGAAUGAAUGAAUCAUUUAGGAUAAAGUGGUUACUGUAUCUGAAUGAAUGAAUGAAUCAUUUAGGAUAAAGUGGUUACUUUAGCUAGUGAAUGUGAUUGUGAAUGAAUGUGAAUGAAUUAAGGAAUUUAGCAGUUACAAAGCAGUUACAAUAGCUGAAUGAAUCUCUUAGAAUAAAGUGGUUACUGUAGGUGAAUGAAUGAAUGAAUGAAUGAAUGAACCAUUUGCAUUAAAGUGAGUGAGUGAAUGAAUGAAUCAUUUAGGAGAAAGCAGUUUUUAUAGCUAAAGGAAUAAUUUGUGAUAAAUCAGUUAUUAUAGCUGAAUGAAUUAAUCGUUUAGGAUAAAGAGGUUACUGUAGCUGAAUGAAUGAAUCAUUUGGUAUAAUGUGGUUACUAUAGCUGAAUGAAUCAUUAAGGAUAAAGCAGUUACUUUAGCUAAAUGAAUCAUUUAGGAUAAAUCAGUUAUUAUGACCGGAUGAAUGAAUCAUUUAGGAUAAAGAGGUUACUGUACCUGAAUGUAUGAAUAAAUGAAUUAUUGGUAUAAUGUAGUUACUAUAGCUGAAUGAAUGAAUGAAUGAAACAUUCAGUGAAUCACUACACUAAGCCUUCACAUGUAUUGUUGGUCAGAAGGUUAAGCAAACUUUCACAAAUGACCAAGUGAAACAAAAAAUAUAAUAACCUAGCAACACAACUCCACCAGUGAGCUUUUAUAAACGUGACACUUUCUCCCAUUAUUUUUGGAUAAACAACAUUUUCACAACCUGGCUCAUUUAAAACGGAAACAGCUGUGGGCCCAAUUAGAUCAGAUAAGAUUUACAUAUGCAUCAAUCACCCAAAUCAAAUUACUUUUGCACAUACGAUUACAGGAAAAGCUGGAAAAUGGAUUAUUCUGGAUGGGUUUAAUACAAGCACAGAGAUUUAGCUCAGAGAGAAUGUUGCAUGUUUAAAGAUGUUAUUUAGAAGACACUGACCCACUGAUUGUCUGAACCAAAAUGCAUUUAUUUUAUUUGCAUAUUAUAAAUAUGACCACUUAUGAUGGAAAAGAUGGAAUCACACUGAUCAUAAAUACCAUCCACAUCAGUCUCUAGUCUCAUUUCCUGAGGAACAUGUCAGUGAUAACUGAAGCCUUAUCAUCGCUCUUCUUUUGAAUGAUUAUACAAAUAAUCAGUGCCUAAUUCUGGAAGAUGUUUUGUGGGAUGAACAUUUGAUUAACUGCCAUUUCAACAGAGAAAGGUACUAUAGUAAGAAGAUAAUUUCUUACCAGAGUUUGGACCUAAAUCAAGGCUCCAUUGUUUUGGCAGAUAGCCAACAACUUGAUCAAUUGAUCAAAACGUUUGGUCAAAACAUUUUGGGUUGUUUGUGACAUCCUACAAGUGUCCCCUGAUCACCAAACAGUGUUAUGUAUUAACAAUUAUUACAUGGCAUGUGAUUAGGAUGUAGCUUAGUGGUUAAAGCAUUGGGCUUUUAGUCAGAAGGUUAUGAGUUCAAAUCCUAGGUCCAGCUCUGGACCAUUAAGCAAGGCUAUAAACCCUCAGUUGUAUAAUGUUAAAAAUAUAUAUGUAAGUUGCUCUGGGCAAGGGCAACUAAUCCAGGAUAGGUUUUGGGAAAACCAUGCAAGAAGCCUGGACCUGUAAUUUACCUGCUGUACUGCUUCGCCUUCUCCUUUACUGCUGACGGAGUAAAUUCUGUAUGUAUAUUAUUACAGUAGUUAGCUCUGCAUCAAUGAAAAAAAAUCCCACUAUUUUCCUAAGCAGCAUUUUGUCCUUACCUAAUAAUUGCUCCUAUUUUCAGCAUUCAAUUUAGCUCACCAAAGGGUGUUUGCUUGCGUGAAGCAAAACCACUUCACAAUACCUCCCACAUGUGAAGUGUGUAGGAUUUUUUUUUUGUGUCUCCCACUGGUAUAAAAAAGAGCAUGCUCCAGCGAGUGCUGCAUGCCGCUCUGCUCACCCCAUGUGGGUGGAUUUGAUGAGCUGGAGGAACAGUUCAAAGUAAACUGUGCAGACUCAAAGACUGUUCUCUUCAGUCAAUGGAACAGCUGAAGAUGCUUCAAGUCAGCAAGUGUGUAAAAUAAAUUUAAUAUAUAACAAAAUGUCUAACAAUUCAGUGAUGCUGAUGGAUGUUUUUGGGGGAAAAAAUCAGAUUUUGCAUGGAAUACCCAUGGAAUGUUUGUAAUAGCCAUCGAUUUUUACUAUUAUCAACUGCACUGUUUAUAACUCUCUCUUCAUAUCAGUGAUGUGGUUCUUUAAGCCAACAUUCCUCAGCUGUCAGAUGGCAUUGAUCAGUGUCAAGAUCCGAGUAUGCCAAUGGAGCUGGCAUGAAAUAACAUGGUUUCCUGGCCCUGUACCAAGCUUUUCAGUUGCAUUUUAUUUCACAGUAUGAACGGUCAGUGGCUGAUUCUGUCUUUCCCACAUUCGUCAUUACAGUGUCAGUGAAAGCCAAGCUGCUGAGGUGAAUCUUCUCAGCACAUUCUUUCUGAUGGAAGCAAUAAGUUCAUGUUUUAGUAUGAGUUAAACAUCGUGUGUGCAGUGGCCGAGAAGUGCGAAACAAAAUAACAAACUUGAAUACAAAAUAACAAAUAUGAGAACAAAUUGUAGGUAUAGUUUGCGAAUGUAACUCUAACCUCUGAUUAGACAAGAUAUGUCACUCACGAUAUAGUGGAAUUCGGAAAUUGUGUAUCUAACUUUAUUUAUUGUACAUGUGUGGAGUUCUGUGUUCACUUUAAACCAUUUUUUGAUAGUGCAACUUUAAAUCGAAGAAAAUAACAAAAAUCUAUAUUUAUAUUUAUAUUAAAAAAACAACUGGGAAAUUUAUUCAGCACUACUUUGAGAAAGGACGUUCAUAUGGUGUGAUUUUGGAUAUACUGAUAGCGUAUCAUGGCAUAAAGAUUAGUUUGCGAUCUCUAAAAACACAGCAGGAAUGUUUGGAAGACAAACUAUUGCAGAUUAAAUUAUGUAAGGAGCGUUAUAAGAGCAGAACUGUGUUCAUACACACACCAAUCCACUUUCUACUGCUGCAGCCUGCUGGACUUCCUGUACAUCCUGAGUGAUAGAUUUCUCGUCCAAUCAGAGAUAAUAACAAACUAUACCUACCUUUUCUGGUUUGUCUGAUUCCUUGUGUUUUGCAUUUUAUGGCCACCGUAUGUGUCUCAUACACACCUAAAGAAAUAGUUACAUCCAAAUAGCUUUAUACAAAGCAUCUUUUGGCAUUUUUGGAAUUCUAAAGAGCUUGAAGAGUUGCAUGUCUGAGCCUAAAUCUCUCCUCUGUAACACCAACAGAAUCAAA